CGCCGCGCCUCCCUCCCUUUCCCUAAUCCCCCGCUACCGCGGCGCUUCCCCCUCCCCCGCUCCCUCCACAAUUAGGCCAGUAGCCCGCUUGCAGCUGCGGCGUCGGUCGGGAAGAGGCCUUGCUCCAGUCCCGCAGAUCGGGGGAGGCGCUCCCCCCCGCCCCCGCCUCGUCAGCUCGGCCGCUUCCCCGCCGCCGGUCCCUCCCGGAGGCGCCAGCGUCGCCGAUGAGCUGCUUCGUCUGCUUCGGGUCGGCGGCGCACGACGGGGAGUCCAGGAAGCCCCCCGCCGCGGGCGCCGGCAAAGACGUCCCGCCGGAUCGCGCGGUGGUCCGCGUCGGAUCAGACAAAUCAAGAUCACAGGGUGGACCAGAAUCUAAGAAGGACCUGAUUAUACAUAGGGAUGGGAAUAGUCAAAAUAUUGCAGCACAUACUUUCACUUUUCGUGAACUUGCUGCAGCCACUAAGAAUUUCAGGCAAGAUUGCCUUUUAGGGGAGGGAGGUUUUGGUCGUGUAUAUAAAGGACGCUUGGAGAAUGGACAGGCUGUUGCUGUGAAGCAACUUGAUCGUAAUGGCCUCCAAGGAAAUAGGGAAUUUCUGGUUGAGGUUCUCAUGCUCAGUCUCUUACAUCACACUAACCUGGUCAAUCUAAUUGGCUACUGUGCUGACGGUGACCAACGCCUUCUUGUUUAUGAGUUUAUGCCAUUGGGGUCACUAGAAGAUCAUCUGCAUGAUCUGCCACCAGAUAAAGAACCUCUAGACUGGAACACACGGAUGAAGAUAGCUGCAGGUGCAGCUAAGGGCUUAGAGUACCUUCACGACAAGACGAGUCCUCCUGUUAUUUACCGGGAUUUUAAGUCGUCAAACAUUCUUCUUGGAGAAGGAUUUCAUCCGAAGCUAUCAGACUUUGGCCUUGCAAAACUUGGCCCGGUUGGUGACAAGACCCAUGUUUCAACACGUGUGAUGGGUACAUAUGGCUACUGUGCCCCAGAAUAUGCAAUGACUGGGCAGCUCACAGUUAAAUCCGAUGUGUAUAGCUUUGGAGUCGUGUUCCUUGAACUUAUCACAGGGCGCAAAGCAAUUGACAACACCAAGACCCAAGGGGAGCAAAACCUAGUGGCAUGGGCUCGUCCACUGUUCAAGGACCGCAGGAAAUUCCCUAAAAUGGCUGAUCCAAUGCUUCAGGGCCGCUUCCCUAUGAGGGGUCUAUAUCAGGCCUUAGCUGUUGCUGCCAUGUGCUUGCAAGAGCAAGCUGCUACACGCCCUCACAUCGGGGAUGUUGUCACUGCUCUCUCAUAUCUCGCUUCUCAGGCUUAUGACCCAAACGCCCCUGUUCAACACAGCCGGAGCAACGCAUCUACCCCCAGGUCCAGAAACCCUGCUGCAUGGAACGGUGAUCAGCGCAGUGUGCGCUCGCCUAAUCAUCACCAUUCUCCAGACCCGCGGCGGAGGGACCCUGCCAGGGCAUCCAAGUAUGGAGCAGAGGUUAGCAGGACUAGCUCUGCCAGCGAUUCUGGCCGGCGGUCAGGUCUGGAUGACAUGGACCCGACCGGGUCGCAAGUGGGAAGCCCAGCUCAAACCGGAAGAAGAAGAGAAGCUCCAAGGGCCACCGACAGACAGCGCGCUGUCGGAGAGGCCAGGAUGUGGGGGGAGAACUCAAGGGAGCGAACGAAUGGCCAUGGUAGCUUCGACAGCACGCAUGAGUGAAGCCGUCAGGUUCCACUCCAGGCAUCAUUUCAGACGAACGAUGGGUUUGAGCCCACUCAUCGGCACCGGUCGGAUCUGAUCUUGGGACAUGGCGUGGUGCCGCCCGGUCCGGGUGUCUGUGAAUAAGGCUCUCUCUCUUGCCCUCAUGUGGCGAAUGCAAUUCUCCUCAUGUCCAUCCCUUCCGAAGGCGAUGCUUCCGGCGACGGGGAGCCUGAGGAGCCUCCUGUAGGAUUCAGUCAGAGGUAGACAGGUCAGUGAAGAAAAAGGAUGCGCGGAGUCACAUUGGCGAGUGUGUGUUUUUGGUGGCUAGAGCUGAGUAUUUUCAGCUGCAUGUAUCCUUUUUUGUGUAUGGGUAAGAGCAACCGUGUCAGGUUUGGCUACCUGAGAGACCUUUGAAGCUAGCCAGCUGCUGUUGCUGCUGCUUCUGCUUCUUCCUCCCCCCUUUUGGGAGUUCAGAGCUGGAAUGUAGGUAGGAUAGGCGAUGAUGUUGAGUACAGCAACUGUUUUAC